UUGAAGUAAUAGUGUUGUAAAUGUGGCAACAUGUUCCACUUCCUGGACAAAUUCUGUUAUUACCUCAUUCUGAAUGAACAAAAGUCUCAGUGCGGUUUGACUGACUACAUUCAAUCAUACUGCUGUUUUCUGUUGUCUCAGCAGUGUUUGUGGAUCGUGAAGGUGAGCAGGUAUGGAAGAAGAGGUGUGCUAUUCAACAGUUACCUUCAAGCCGUAUGACAGAGACAAAUCUACAGGUUCGGUGCGACAGUCAGAGGAGUCUGUACUGUAUGCUGAGGUGAAAAGAAAACAAUCAGCUUCACAAACACCUCCUGAGAGCACAGAAAAAGAAGCCGUCACGCAGAUUUCUCCAGCUUAUAGACGAGCUACAGUGCUUCUGGGGCUGAUCUGCUUCCUCCUCCUUGCUGCAUUAACAGCUGUCAGCGCUUUCAAUUACAUUCACGUGUCUAAAUACAACAAUAUUCUGACCCAGCACACUAAAGAGAAAGCCACCAAUUUGCAAUUGCUGGCAGACAAGGAAAUGCUGGAGCAAGAGAGGGCAAGACUUUUAACACAGAGUGAAGAGAUGAAUGCUACCCUGGACUUCAUACUGAAAAAAAACACAUUUUUAGUGGAUGAGUACUGUCAGUCUACUAGUAAUGGGGUCCAGUGUACACCUUGUCCUCAAAAGUGGAUACUGAAUGGUUCCAGCUGUUAUUAUUUCCAUAAAAACUGGCCCUGGAAAACAUGGUCAAUGAGUCAAGAAUACUGUAAGACGUAUGGAGCCCAGCUGGCAACAAUAGACAGUGUGGAGGAACAGGAAUUCAUCAAUCAGCACGCCACAUCAUAUUAUGAUGAAUAUCACGGUUACUGGAUUGGACUUUCUGAAAAGACAGAAAAGGCCUGGGUCUGGACCACUGGCGGCAAACUUAAAGAAGGAUUCUGGAUCAGUGAUCCGCCAGAAGGAUACAUGCACUGUGUUCUGUCAGUAACCAGCAAAAACCCAUUGAAAAGCUGGAUAUCAGCAAGCUGUCACAUGUACAAUAGAUGGAUCUGUGAACUGGACGCGUUAACAUGGCCGGCCUUCCUUCAAGCCCAACCAAACCCAAAGGACACCUCAACAUGA